AUGCCGGCCUCAACUACAGAAAAGAAACCAAAACAAAAGCAGAAGCCUCUGAAACAAAAGCCUGUGGCUGCAGAGAUCCUCAAAAUCGAACCUCCUACCACUGAAGAUGCCCCACCGUCAGAGACGCCCGCAAAGCAAUCAUGGCAGUCGCUCAAACCUCAACUGUCUCCCUGGGUCCUUGACGCUGUGGAUAGCAUGGGGUUUUCAAAAAUGACACCAGUACAGGCCUCAACUAUUCCUCUAUUCAUGGGUAAUAAGGACGUCGUCGUCGAAGCCGUCACCGGGAGUGGUAAAACACUCUCAUUUCUAAUCCCUAUUGUAGAGCGACUUCUACGCGGAGAACCCAAAAAGAAGAAUCACGUUGGUGCAAUUGUUAUUUCGCCCACUCGGGAAUUGGCAACUCAAAUACACUCGGUUUUGAAGUCACUAUUAGCCUUCCAUGCGCCCUCAGCUUCGAAAGAGGGUGCCGAGGCCGACCCUUCGGCGACGAGGAUUACACCACUUCUAUUACUAGGUGGAACUACACCCCCAGCGCAAGACCUUAAGAAUUUUCUGCAGCAGUCGCCGAACUUUCUCAUUGGAACUCCGGGACGCCUUAACGAGCUAUUAGCAUCACAGCAUGUUUUGUGCACUACCGACUCUUUUGAAGCAUUAGUUCUGGACGAGGCAGAUCGUCUUCUUGAUCUGGGUUUUAAAGAAACCCUCACAAAAAUCAUUUCCCGUCUACCUAAGCAGCGAAGAACAGGGCUAUUCAGUGCAUCUGUCAGUGAUGCAGUCGUCGGCAGUCUUGUUAGAACCGGUCUCCGAAAUCCAGUCAAAAUCGCUGUUAAAGUACAUACUGCGAAGAAGGAAAAACGAACACCAGCAAGUUUAGCAAUGACAUAUAUCCUAGCAACCCCGAGACAGAGGCUGGUCCACCUUCAGCGCAUUCUCUCCCCUGUAUCAGGCCUAUUCCCGGUUACGAAUCUGCCUCAGAAAACGAUAAUAUACCUCUCCAAUUGCGUCUCCGUCGACUACUUCGCCUCACUCUUCCCUGCUAUUCUUCCGGGACCAAAGAGUAAAUCGGGAGGCUAUACCAUUGUUCCUCUACAUGGAAAGCAAUCACCAAAGAUCCGCCAAACCAACUUUGCGCAAUUUACCUCCUCGACCUCGCCAUCAAUUCUACUGACUACAGACCUUGCAGCUCGUGGACUUGAUAUCCCCGAAGUCGACCUUGUCGUUCAGAUUGAUCCCCCUACAGAUCCUAAAGUCUUCCUUCACCGUUGCGGCCGUGCCGGUCGUGCCGGCCGUAAGGGUCUUGCAGUCAUCUUCCUCUCUCGGGGCCGUGAAGAGGGCUACAUCGACUUUCUGGAAGUGCGGAAGACCCCUGUUGUGCCACUCGUGCUUAUCCAAGACUCAUAUGACGCCGAAAAUCCCACUGAAGAAGAGACUGCACAAGUAGUGCAGAAGUUGAGGGCUGUGGUGCUGCGAGAUAGGGCGCUCCAUGAGAAGGGCAUGAAAGCGUUUGUGUCACAUGUUAGAGCACAUAGUAAACACCAGACUGCGAGUAUAUUUAGGGUGAAGGACAUUGAGUGGAAAGACUUGGCGGAGGCUUUUGCGUUGUUAAGGAUGCCGAAAAUGCCGGAGUUGAGAGCUGAAGGCGUGGAGAAGGUUGUAUUGGGUGUGGAAGUUAAUAUGUCGACUUUCGCGUACCGCGAUAAAGUCAAGGAGAAGGCACGGCUUGAAGCACUCGCAGUCGCCGCGGAAACUGGUGCCCCGGAAUACUCAAAGGUACACCAGAACGACAAGGACAAGAAACGGAAGAGGACUGAGGCAUGGUCUGAGAAGACGGAUGCGGCAGAUGUAAGGGAAGCUCGAAGAGAGAAGAGAGGUAAGAAGAGAGAGGCGGAACGCCAGAAUAAGAUGGCACCUGAAGAAAAACAAAAAGAAGCGGAGUGGAAAGAGUUGGUUGAGGAAGUCAAGAGAAGAAGAAAAGAGAGCGAGAAAGGAGAUGCGGAGUUUGAAGGUCUGGAAUAA